CUAUAUUCUUUAGCCAGAAAUCUUAUGGGUUUCUAAUGGACUUGAAUAUCCCAAAGAUUACUAAGGGCACGGUGUAUAGUGUGAUAACAGUCUGUAUUACUGCUCAGUGAGGUUUCUCUGAGAACUGCAUCCCAGAGAGUUAAGUCGGCCAUCUUCAGAAGAACAAUCGUAAAGUGACUCCCGAAUAAUAUUCCAGAGAGAAAGUGGAGGUGAAAAACGGUUCUUGGAUCACAUUUGAAAGAUGGACUACCAGCUAAAUGGACAGGGGGAAUGUGAGAUCGAGGAAGUGGUUGUUUACUUCUCCGAGGAGGAGUGGGACUGCGUAAAAGAAGAGCAAGAUGAUGAAUCAUAUGUGAGUGGACAGCAGCAGACUAUGAAGCCAGAGUAUCAUGUAAACACCAGCCCAGAUGAUUCUUUAAAACAAACAUCCCCUGGUAAUAAAGACAUGAAUCCAUCAGGCAAGAGUGUGGAGAAAUCUAUUACAUUAAGGACAGAUGAAUCAAAAUCACAGGAAUCAGGAACGCCAUCUGAAUCCUGUGUGCCUAUGCUUUCGACAGUAACUAAGGGAGAUAAACCAUUUUCUUGUACUGAAUGUGGGGAACGCUUUGCAUGCAACUCACUGCUUGAUAGACAUUGGAGAGCUCACACAGGAGAGAAACCAUUCUCAUGUUCUACAUGUGGGAAAUGCUUUGCAUCCAAUUCAUACCUUGCUAGGCAUCAGAGGAUUCACGCAGGAGAAAAGCCAUUCUCAUGUCCUAAAUGUGGGAAAGGUUUUAGCUGGCAUUCGCGUCUUGUUUUACAUCAGAAAACUCACACAGGCCCGAAAUGCUUCCCAUGUUCUGAAUGUGGGAAAAAAUUUUGUAGUAACGCAGUGCUUAUUAGACAUCAGAGGACUCACACUGGUGUGAACCCUUUUUCAUGUUCUGAAUGUGGGAAAAGUUUUACUAGAAGAUCAACUCUUAUUCUACAUCAGAGAAUCCACACAGGAGAAAACCCUUUCUCAUGUGCUGUUUGUGGGAAAUGGUUUAACAGGAAAUCUACUCUUAUUGUACAUGAGAGAACUCACACAGGAGAGAAGCCUUACUCAUGUUCUGAAUGUGGGAAAUGUUUUACCAAAAAAUCAGGACUUAUUUCUCACCACAGAGUUCACACAGGAGAAAAACCUUAUUCAUGUUCUGAAUGUGGGAAGUGUUUUAAAAAAUAUACAUAUCUUGUUAUACAUCAGAGAACGCACACAGGAGAGAAACCACACACAUGUCCUGAAUGUGGGAGUCGUUUUAGCCAUCAAUCAUAUCUUGUUAGGCACCAGAGAAUUCAUACAGAAGAGAAACCUUUCUCAUGCACUGAGUGUGGGAAACGAUUUAGCCUCCAGCCAUAUCUUGCUAGGCAUCAGAGAACACAUACAGGAGAGAAACCUUACUCGUGUGCUGAAUGUGGGAAAUGUUUUAAUGACCAAUCUUAUUUUGUUAGGCAUCAGAGAGCUCACACAGGAGAGAAACAUUUCUCAGGUUCUGAAUCUGGAAAUGAUUUGGACAGCACUGAGAUCAUUUAACUUUCCUCAUGGUUUUCCCAUGUAGACCAUUAUGUUUCAUGGUGUAUCUUAUUAAGGCAGGAAAAAUGUACACUAUUUUAUGAUGUGUGCUAAAUCAUUGUUGGGGGGGGAAAUAUGUUAGAACCAAUGACAAAAUAUAUUGCAUGGAUAUCUGUUUCUUCCUGUCAGAUUCCUGUUCACAUCCUUUGUAGAGCAUCUUAAUCAUAAUAUACUCAAACUGAGUCACCGGGAGCUGGAAAUGGUCACAGUCUAAAAAUGCAAUGGUACCUUAAAUACAAGUAAUAAAAGGGAUUAUGACAAAUGUUUGUAUACUAUCAAUGCUAAUGUAUUUUUAAAGGUUCCUUUGUAAAAAGUAAUUUAAAAAUAUUUUUGCCCACUAAAUUAUUAAAAUAUAUGUAAUAAUUGUUUAAAAAAAGAAAAAGUGUAAGACUAGCUCUUUCAUUGACAAUAAAAUCUGUCCGAUGGUAUCUAUAUUUUAAUUUCCUCUCCGUAGGUCCACUUCUGGGGCAGUGAUUUGUGUAAUAAUGUUUUGAUACUAAACCUGCUGAUAUUAUUCAGAAUCAUGUUCUUUAUAUCAUUUUUCAAAACUAUUAAAGUGACCAAUUGGAGCCAGA